ACUUAUAUUAUUAUUUUGGAGUAAAUUCAAAAUUUCUCGUUUUAUGGUCAUUCUGAGACAUCACUCAGAAUGCCCGACCCCUGUCCAGGAUGCCAACCAACCAAAGAAACUGAACGUUAUCAAAGACAACUAUCAAAGGAAGAAAAAAAAUGCGAAAAGGCAAACGAAAAGGCAUUGAGCAAAUAUGAAAAACAAUUAGCAAAAUUCGAAAGAGAACGUCAGAAAAAGUUGAACCAACUAGAAAAGGUGUAUAUAUCGAAGCUAGAAGAUGAGUUAGUUGGUACAGGCGACUUGUCUGGUAACCCAAGCUUAGUGGGCGCACCUCCUGGCGAUUCAGGGGAUCCAUUUUACCCUUGCUGCUGUAGUGGUUUUGAAAAUACGUACAAAAGCAACGAUCCCAUUCUCGACAGAAGACAAGAUACGUCGAAUAUCAUCAGUAUAUUUGUGAAACCUGAACAACUGGGGCUUGAUGUUAAAAGAAAACCUUGUGAAUGUGGCACCAAAUCAUGCUCACUUCGGAAACAACUCACUCAAAUUUGCUACCGUUACUGUUGCUACUUACUAACCGUGUGUGCAGUCAUACUUGUUGCUGCCACGAUAUUCAUUUUAUUCUUUAAAUAAAC